AUGCGCCGCCGUAUACCCAGACGCCAUAUGAUUAUUUUCUUAGUCAUAUUCGCCUUUUUCUGCAUCAUUCUAAGCGCUAGUCAUGGUGAUCAAAGUUUUUCUGUACCAGAUCAUUUAGGCACGAAACGACCGUAUCCGAUAACAACUCCGCAUGCAGAUGAAUUAAUUCCACCACCUCAAUGUACGCUAUCACAAUUGUAUCUUUUGGCUCGUCAUGGCAUUCGGUAUCCAACAAAGGGUGACGUCAAUAAGUUCAAUGAGCUGAUCGAGUUGUUUAAGGAUGUUGGAGACGAAGAAUCAUGGUGGAGGCAUUGGAGGAAUCCAUUUAAGAAAUUUAAAGCAGGCCUGUUGGCUAAAACUGGCGAAACUGAAUUGUACUUGUUGGGCAGAAGAACAAACAGUAGAUACAAAAAGUUCUUGGAAAAUGCGACGUACGAUGCGAAUCUUUUUGAUUUUGAUAGUUCGGCGAUCAGCAGGUCGGGACAAUCUGGCGUUGCUUACUCACUUGGGCUGUUUGAGGGACGGGGAUCGCUCGGGCAACCGUUAUUUCAGCCUGUUUAUAUACACACCAUACCACUAAACGAGGAUAAUCAAUUAGCCAUCAAAUAUGACUGCCCAUUAUGGCGUUCAAUACAACGUAAUAACACAACCCGCAAACGCGAAAUGUCCCUUUACGUAUCCAAACACUUUCCUGCCAUAGUCGAUCGGAUUUCUAAAGAACUGUCUAUAUCUCCACCUCUACGGCCUAUUCACGCCGAGUACAUACAUCGUGCAUGCGGAUUCGAAAUCGCGCUCUACAACAAAAGUGAUACAUGGUGCUCGUUACUACGACAUGAUGAGUUUAAAACUAUCGAGUAUUUGGGUGAUAUAGGCAACUAUUACAUGUAUAGUUAUGGUAAUCGUUUGAAUAGAGUGAUGGCGUGUAGACUAGUAACAAAUUUCGUGGAACGAGUAGAACGGGCAAUUGAGACAAGGAACAAAGGGGACGAACCUUGGGUGAGGGGUGUGCUCAGAUUUGCACAUGCUGAGACAAUCUUUUUCUUGACCACUUUAUUGGGACUAAACAAAGAUGAUGAACCUCUAAAAGCUAAUUGGACGUCAAAUCAAAUCUCCGCUCGUCAAUUCCGCAGCUCGCAAAUUGCACCGUUUGCCGCAAAUUUUUAUUUCGAAAUCUACACCUGCGAUUCAUCGUCGACAAUGAUUCGUAUGUUGAGGAACGAAGUGCCCACAAUUAUACCUGGAUGCGGAGAGCUGUACUGUUCUUGGGAUGUGUUUAAAAAGACUGUUCGACACAGUAUUGAUUGUGAUUUUAAGAGAAUUUGCAAACAUAAGAAACAUAGGAAACAUAAGGUAACCGAAAAUUUAGUUCAAUGGCAACUGAAUCAGGAGGAGGGUAUUAACGAGGCCUAA